GCCGCGACACCAUUCACCUCACACUCCGCUGUUUGGCCACUGAUGUCGCGAAAGGCAUUGAGAUUAUGGGCCGAUUGGUAUCGGUUCCCGACUUCUCCAACAUCGAGAACGCACGCAAUCGUGUCUUCAGAGAGAUGGCGGCCACGGAUGCAGACAACGAGGCGGUAGUGAUGAACGGUUUGCACGCAAUGGCCUUUCAAAACACUUCACUCGCACUGCCAGUCAUCGGCCGCUCCGAGUCGUUGUCCCAAUUGACUCGAGAGGACUGUCAAAACUAUGUCAACACUCACUUCAAGGGACCCCGAAUUGUGGUCGCAGUGGCCGGUGAUGUCCAUCACGACGACGCCGUGAAGAGUGUGGACAAGAGUUUUAGCAAAAUAACGAGUCUUUACGACAAAUCAGAGAUUCCUAUUCUUCCGCGCACUCGAUAUACCGGUUCAGACAUACGUAUCCGCGACGACGCCAUGCCUUUGGCUCACAUCGUUCUGGCAGUGGAGGGCGCGCCGCGAGACUCAAACGAUGCCAUUGCUCUUAAUCUGGCCGCAGAGGUGAGUCUGCUGUACAUCACGUGUAGGUUUCGUAACAGUUCUCUCCCGCUGUUCGACAACUUGGUUGUGGAGCGCAUGAAACAGGAGGACCUCUUAUGGCACACGACCUACGAAUGGAAGCGCUAUUGCAUGGAAAUCACCGACAAUGAGCUGAAUCGGGGCAAGAAUUUACUGGUGACCAAAAUCAUGCGCAACAACGAGACGCCGACCGCAGUGGCCAACAACACGAGCGCCGAAGUACUCACUUUUGGCCGUCGCGUACCGUUGGGCGAGUGGCGCGACCGAGUGCUCGGUCUGAAGGCCGCCCGUAUGCGCGACACCGCACUCUUCGGUUCGUAUUUUGUUUUAUCGAGUGUUUUAAGUCCCACAAUGAGUGGCCAAAGACGACACGAAUACAAGACUCUGAUCGAAGUACACAAUCUGUUUCCAGUGAGCGGAAAGACCUAUUGUCACAUCUAUGGUGUCCUCAGGUAUCGGGACUUUAAGAAAAACACCAUUCAUUUGAGGGAUGAGAAGGCGUUCACAUCGACCAUACAGUUGAGACCCGGGAACAGCUCUUUCCGUCACUACCCGGCGUUCAGACCGGGAGAUAUCGUGCGAAUACAUCGCGUAUUACUGGCGCCCAAUUGUAUGGAUAUUAUCUGUUGUGAUCCCAAGGAUGUGGUCGUCUUCGAGGCGUUUCAAGACUCGCAAUGCUUUUCGCCGAUCAAUACUAGUGUUCGGCCGACGUUUGAGUCGUUUGAUAGGCAACGCAAGGAAGAGCUCAACCAGUGGUUUGCCGACGAUCUGCUCGCAGACAGUCUUAGCGAAAAGAAGUCGUCCACUAAUUAUCAUCUGUACGCAGACCUCGCGGUUCAAGUGCUUCGCGUGACGACCACUCGAGACAGAACUGAAUUAGUCGUUUGGGACACAACGCCGCCAGCGUUGAGGACAUACCGUUCAGACGUGUCGACCGCCGAUAUGGGUCUCGACAGCGCCGAAGAGGAGUUGAUUCGUAUCGUCAAUGAGAACCAGAUGUCAAUCGUAGUGACAGUGUUUGAACAGCACUCAAACGACGCCCAAUCCAUCAAACCGUUUGACUUUAUAGUACUGUUUAAUGUGAGCGUUAGGGCCGACAGGUUUAGGGACGGCUUCUAUAUGUAUUCACUUAACUCUGGCUAUCAUUUCGGCAAAUGUAUACGUUUUGUGAAACCAAACGCUUAUUUAAGCAAACGACUAUACGAUAAGAUAGAAGAGUAUAAAGUGAUGUCAGCCGUGAAUGUGGGCACGCCUUCCAUCGAAGACGCCGUACUCUCGCAGUCGUUUCCGGCCGACAGUCAGGACGUGUCGACAUUCCCGGCGGCCGUCGAUCAGAGCGCUAUGUUCUCAGAUAUGGCCGACUUUGAGAUGGAUUUGCAUGAAGUGAUCGAUGAGUUGGAGAAUAAGAGAUGUCCGGUCGUGUCAUGCAUUGGACCCAUUGAACAGUUCGAAGACUACGAGGUGGUGAGAGAUGAUAAUCACGAAAGUCAUGGCCAGAAGUUUCACGAACACAUGUAUCGCAUAAACCGUAUGUCGGGAACCGAUUGUACUCUCCUGUUAGGCGUGAUAUGGAUUAGUAGACCAGACUUUAUACGAUAUGUCUUAGCAUUUAGAGGACAACCAAAUGCCCGAAAAGUGGUCGAACAGGGGGUCAAAGACCUCACUCCCAGCGCAUCGGAUUCGGGGAAACACUUGAAAACUGAGGCUUUUGGUGAAGCAUAUGAUGUGAGCCAUGCGUUGGGCCAGAAAGAGGCCUAUAAUAAAAUUGAUGAGAAGUAUAGUCAAGAGCCGGCGGGGGUUAAGGGCAGUGAAAUGUCGACAGUAGUUGGUUGGGGAGGAGAGUCAUCCGAAGCAAUAACUACAACCCCUAAGGAGCCAUCCAUUAGAUCCGCCGAAGAUUUGGGCGCUAACAGCACAACCAAACAA